GCAAACUCUGAAACAUCUCUCUCUCUCUCUCUAACUCUUUCUUUGGUUUCUCUCUUAUUUAGAUUACAACCUUGAGGAGAAUCAAACCAGAGAGAGGAUUAAAGUUUGAAACCUCAAACAUCAAAAAAAAAAAAAACAAGAAAAGAAAAGGUUUAGGACAAAGAAAAAAAAUGUGGGAUCUAAACGACUCACCACACCAGACAUUCAGACAAGAAGAAUCUGAAGAGUUUUGUUAUUCUUCACCGGGUAAACGGGUCGGAUCUUUCUCUAACUCAAGUUCAUCUGCUGUGGUCAUCGAAGAUGGAUCCGAUGAUGAUGAACUUAACCGGGUCAAACCUAACAACCCACUUAUCACCCAUCAGUUCUUCCCUGAGAUGGAACCUAGUGUCGUAGGAGAUGAUGGUGGUACCGGGUCGGGCUUUCCUCGGUCUCACUGGUUUGGUGUAAAGUUCUCUCAGUCGGAUCUAGCUACCGGAUCAUCGGCGGGUAAACCCGCGACCGUUGCUGCCGUGGUGGAGCCAGCACAGCCUUUAAAAAAGAGUAGGCGUGGACCAAGGUCUAGGAGUUCUCAGUAUAGAGGCGUUACGUUUUACCGGCGAACCGGAAGAUGGGAAUCUCAUAUUUGGGACUGUGGGAAACAGGUUUACUUAGGUGGAUUUGACACUGCUCAUGCAGCUGCUCGAGCAUAUGAUAGAGCUGCUAUUAAAUUCCGUGGGGUGGAAGCUGAUAUCAAUUUUACAAUCGAAGAUUAUGAUAAUGACUUGAAGCAGAUGACGAACUUAACGAAGGAAGAGUUCGUGCACGUACUUCGCCGACAAAGCACAGGCUUCCCUCGAGGAAGUUCGAAGUAUAGAGGUGUUACUUUGCAUAAGUGUGGUCGUUGGGAGGCUCGAAUGGGUCAAUUCUUAGGCAAAAAGUAUGUUUAUUUGGGUUUGUUCGACACCGAGGUUGAAGCUGCUAGAGCUUACGACAAAGCUGCAAUCAAAUGUAAUGGCAAAGACGCUGUGACUAACUUUGACCCAAGCAUAUAUGACGACGAACUGAAUGCAGAGUCAUCAGGGGAUCCUAUUCAACAAGAUCAUAAUCUCGAUUUGAGUUUGGGAAACUCGGUUAAUUCGAAGCAAAAGGGUCAAGACAUGCGGCUCAAGAUGAACCAACAAGAUUCCCUCCACUCUAAUGAGAUUCUCGGAUUAGGUCAAACCGGAAUGGUUAACCAUCACCAAUUUUCGAGCAGCAGCAACAUUGGCAGCGGAGGAGGAUUCUCGCUAUUUCCAGUGGCCGAGAACCACCGGUUUGAUGGUCGGACCACGGCGAACCAAGUGUUUACAAAUGCUGCAGCAUCAUCAGGAUUCUCUCCUCAUCAUCACAAUCAGAGUUUUAAUUCUACUCCUACUUCUCAUCAGAAUUGGCUGCAGACUAAUGGCUUCCAACCUCCUCUCAUGAGACCUUGAAUCUUUAAUUUUUUUUUUUUAUGUAUAAGAAACAAACUCGAGGGAAAAUGAACGUUUAAAGCCUCUGGCCCCAUAUGUUCAUGGUCAUUAAAUUAAUUAUCGGAUUUUGUUUGUUUAAUUCUCUUUAAACGUCUUGUUAAAUUAGGCUAAGAAGAAUUCUCAGGAAACUCAAUGGUAUUUAAACUUUCCUUGAUCGGAUAUUUUAUGAAUAUAAUAUAUUCAGUUAUUCUGUUGCCAAAAAAAU